AUGAUUGGCUGUGGUGCUUGUGAACCCGAAGUAAAGAUGGCGGGCGGGCAGGUAGCCGCAGUACUGCCCACUUGGAAGAUGGCGGUGCGCCGCAACCUCAGCGCCCGUGGCCGGGGGGUCGUGCAGGCGGCGGCGGGGCGGCUGCUGUCGCUGCUACUGUUGAGCUGCUGCUGCGGCGCGGGCGGCUGCGCAGCGGCCGGCGAGAACGAGGAGACAGUGAUCAUCGGGUUGAGGCUGGAGGACACGAACGACGUGUCGUUCAUGGAAGGGGGGGCGUUGCGGGUGAGCGAGCGGACUCGGGUCAAGCUGCGGGUGUACGGGCAGAACAUCAACAACGAGACGUGGUCCCGCAUCGCCUUCACGGAGCAGGAGCGGCGGCGUCACAGCCCCGGCGAGCGCGGGCUGGGGGGCCCCGCGCCGCCAGAGCCGGACAGCGGCCCCCAGCGCUGCGGCAUUCGAACCUCAGACAUCAUCAUCUUGCCCCACAUCAUCCUCAACCGCCGCACAUCCGGCAUCAUCGAAAUUGAGAUCAAACCGCUGCGCAAGAUGGAGAAGAGCAAGUCCUAUUACCUGUGCACGUCGCUCUCCACGCCAGCCCUGGGCGCCGGCGGCCCGGGGUCCGCAGGCGGUGCCGUCGGGGGCAAAGGCGGCUCCGGGGUGGCCGGGCUGCCGCCGCCUCCGUGGGCAGAGACCACCUGGAUUUACCACGACGGCGAGGACACCAAGAUGAUCGUGGGCGAGGAGAAGAAGUUCCUGCUGCCCUUCUGGCUGCAGGUGAUCUUCAUCUCGCUGCUGCUGUGCCUGUCGGGCAUGUUCAGCGGCCUCAAUCUGGGGCUCAUGGCUCUGGACCCAAUGGAGCUGCGCAUCGUGCAGAACUGCGGCACGGAGAAAGAGAAGAAUUACGCGAAGCGCAUCGAGCCCGUGCGCAGGCAGGGCAACUACCUGCUGUGCUCACUGCUGCUGGGCAACGUGCUGGUCAACACCACGCUCACCAUCCUGCUCGACGACAUCGCCGGCUCGGGCCUCGUGGCGGUGGUGGUCUCCACUAUCGGCAUCGUCAUCUUCGGUGAGAUCGUGCCCCAGGCCAUCUGUUCGCGGCAUGGCCUGGCGGUAGGGGCCAACACCAUCUUCCUCACCAAGUUUUUCAUGAUGAUGACCUUCCCUGCUUCCUACCCGGUCAGCAAGCUGCUGGACUGCGUCCUGGGUCAGGAGAUAGGCACCGUCUAUAACCGGGAAAAACUGCUGGAGAUGCUCCGGGUCACCGACCCCUACAACGACCUCGUCAAAGAGGAGCUGAACAUCAUCCAAGGCGCGCUGGAGCUCCGCACCAAGACGGUGGAGGACGUGAUGACUCCGCUCCGGGACUGCUUCAUGAUCACCGGCGAAGCCAUUCUUGACUUCAAUACCAUGUCGGAGAUCAUGGAGAGCGGCUACACUCGCAUUCCAGUGUUUGAGGGUGAGCGCUCCAACAUCGUGGACCUCCUCUUCGUCAAAGACUUGGCCUUCGUGGAUCCAGAUGACUGUACGCCCCUGAAAACCAUCACCAAAUUUUAUAACCACCCCUUGCACUUUGUUUUCAAUGACACCAAGUUGGACGCUAUGCUGGAGGAAUUUAAGAAAGGUAAAUCUCACCUGGCUAUUGUGCAGCGGGUAAACAACGAAGGAGAAGGGGAUCCAUUUUAUGAAGUUCUGGGAAUUGUCACAUUAGAAGAUGUGAUUGAAGAAAUCAUCAAAUCUGAGAUUCUAGAUGAAACAGAUUUAUAUACUGAUAACAGAACAAAAAAGAAAGUGGCCCAUCGUGAAAGAAAGCAAGAUUUUUCUGCCUUUAAGCAGACAGACAGUGAGAUGAAGGUUAAAAUAUCACCACAGCUUCUCUUGGCAAUGCACCGUUUCCUAGCAACAGAAGUAGAAGCAUUUAGCCCAUCCCAGAUGUCAGAGAAGAUCCUUCUAAGGCUGCUAAAGCACCCCAAUGUCAUCCAGGAACUGAAGUAUGAUGAGAAGAACAAGAAAGCCCCAGAAUACUACCUCUACCAGCGAAACAAACCUGUAGACUACUUCGUUCUCAUUUUGCAGGGGAAAGUGGAGGUGGAAGCUGGGAAAGAAGGCAUGAAGUUUGAAGCGAGUGCUUUUUCCUACUAUGGCGUCAUGGCCCUGACGGCCUCUCCGGUUCCUUUGUCCCUGUCUCGUACCUUUGUUGUCAGCAGAACAGAGUUGUUAGCAGCAGGUUCUCCAGGUGAAAAUAAGUCACCCCCUCGCCCGUGUGGCUUGAAUCACUCAGACUCUCUCAGUCGAAGUGACCGGAUUGAUGCUGUGACACCCACGCUGGGGAGCAGCACUAACCAGCUCAACUCUUCCUUCCUGCAAGUCUACAUCCCUGACUACUCAGUGCGAGCCCUCUCUGAUCUCCAGUUUGUUAAGAUCUCAAGACAGCAAUACCAAAAUGCCUUGAUGGCAUCCCGGAUGGACAAAACGCCUCAGUCUUCAGACAGUGAAAAUACUAAAAUAGAAUUGACUCUAACAGAGCUGCAUGACGGGUUGCCAGACGAGACGGCCAACCUGCUCAAUGAACAGAACUGCGUGACGCACAGUAAGGCCAACCACAGCCUGCACAGCGAAGGCGCCAUCUAGGGCGCCCGCCCCCGCCCCCGCCCCGUCGGCUCCCGAGGCCCGGUCUGCCCAGCCUUGGCCUUCUGUCCGACCACGGACGCCGUCAGUGGGAGGUUGUCUGCCAUGCUGCAUCCCGCAACAUUCUGAGACCAAAGACUUUGUCCCUUCCUUGGACGCAGCAGAGGACGGAAAACAGAGACGUGAAAUCGACAGCUAGGGCACGGCCGUCAAGAUUUUGGGGAUGAACUUCCUCCACCCAGAUAGAAUCAUGUUUAUUUUUUCAGCUGUAUCAUUAUUCACUCUCCUCCUUCCUCGAUUUGCAUGAAUUUGAAAAUUGUUGCAAUUUAUUUUUUCAAGAGAUCAUGUUUUUUAAAAGUGUCUUUUGCAGAGUUUUAAGUUGUUCCCUCUGAACUCUGCGGUGAUCCCAUGAUGUGACCCUAAUAGGAUGGACUUGCCCCUCCGGUGGCCUUCCGUGGCCCGUCCAGCGAGGGGCACCCUUCCUCUGUGCCCCAGUGGGUGUUGCUGUCGAACCUGAAGGAUGAAUGAAGAAAACCGUGUUAAUGCAGAACCUGCCAAGUCUGUCAUCACUGUGGGGUGUGGCCUGCAGAGGGACUCACAGUCGCCUCUCUGAGCUCAGUGUUGUUUUAAGAAUUUAAUGUUUCACUGUGCCCGUUUCCCUCAGGAAGGCUUAGCAUUUGCUUGGGAAUGUGAUUUUCUUCCCCAUCUAAGGACUUUUUUUAUCACCAAAAUGAAUUUUAAACCCCUGGUUUAUCAUUGGCAAGAGGUACGUUGACUGCAUCCCGACACUCCUCGCGCCUGGGGUCUGCGGCUCGGCCGGCCCUCCCCUCCCCAGUGCCCGCCUCCCUCGCUCUAGGUAACGCAAGAUGCUGCUGCACGGACGCCAAGUGGAAGCCUUCCACCGGGCUUUCCGGAAACGCGCGCGGAGUCAGAGCUCCCUCUCCCCGCGGGGACAUGCGUAGUCAGCAGAGAAGGAGCUCGACUUUCCAGCUGUGCUCUUCGCUGUGCCGAGAAGGCGCUCCUAGACCCUUCCAGGGAGCCCUCUGGCCCCCUUCCCCUCCCUCCCUUCCCGGGAGGCCCAGCGGUGGCCAUGUCCCCUGCCCGACAGCCUCCGUGUCCCCCGCCUCAGAUGCAGCCUGUGCGGGAGAGGCUGCCUGUACAGCCAGGGUCAGUGGGCCCCAAACAGGGAUUCAGAAACCAAAUGUGUGUUGUGGCCAUUUUAUGUGUGUCUCCGUCUUAUUUCAGUACCAAAUUCAUCAUGUGUAGUGAAAUUAAUGUCAGGAGGUAUUUGCCAAGUGGCUGAAUUCUUAACUAGUUGGUGUUUCUUAAGUGUUUGCUCAAAGGAUAUGUGCAUUUUGUUGGCAAUAUUCUUACAACUGAAAUGAAUUCUUACCACAGUUUUCAUAUAGAAUUACCAAUACACACUACAUCCAGCCACUAGCAAAGAAGAUAGCGUGUCUCCAUGUGGUCUUAAUGAAAAGAAGAAUGGGGUUAAGAAGACCUCUUCACGGAAGGAGGUCUGUUUGCCCCUGGGUUAGUGACGCGGGCCUGGGCUUCAUGCUGUGGUCAGGAACGUGGCACAGUGCCGGCCUUGCCUCCUGGUGAGCAGUUUGGUGGCUCAGUAUUUCCUCUGGGAUGUUAGUCCUGGAAUGUCUUCCUCAGGAGGUGCCAUUGGACAUCACUUGGUAGAGGGCCAUGAGGAGUACCCCCCAUGGGGGCUGUGUGGCCUGCUGCUGGCACCCCACGUCGUUUGACAUUCACAGGACCCUGCAUCUUGAGUAUUUCCUUCUGUAAAUGGAUCCAUCCAGGUUAAAAGGUCUCAAUUUCUCCAAGAUGAUCUGGUGUGGGAAUACUAGUGGGACACAGGAACUGGGACUACCGGUAGGAAUGUGCAGAGACAACAUUCUCUGUAACAAAGUGAAACCUGGACCUUGCUGGUGGUGGGGUGGGGCGGUUCUCCCCAGUGAGGGUGCCACCUUCCUGGCCCGGGCGGUGUUUGGCCCUCUGUGAUCUUGUUAGAGCCACGUCUGUCAGGCAAUGGUCUUCUCCCCUGGGAGCCCUGCUCUGUCAGCCUCUCCUGGUCUACUUGUGCUUCUCCACCCUCAGCUGUCCCAGGGAUGCCUUUCUGCUGGAAGGAGCUUCUGGAAUCAAGGUUGAUGUGUUGAUAAUCUGUUUCAGAUUCCCACGGCCCCUUUAUGAAUUCUAAGAAACUGCAAGAGCCGGGGUGUGGAGGGAGGAUACCAGCUGCUGCCUCCUUGACUUUGGGGAGAAACAGACAAUUUCUUGAUAUCGCUCAAUGUGGUGGCUUCUUGGAAAAUUUUCUCCUAUAAAAGAGUUGCUGUGGGUUUCCCAGAGGGUACAAUUUUUAGCCUCCCAAGUUUUAUUUUUAUUAUUUUUUUUAACUUCUCUUUAUCUUUGAUUAGCCACACUAUUCUAUAACAACAGGGAAUCCAAAAUAAUUUGGUCCCUGAAGGAAUGAAGGCUUACAUUUGACUCUUGUUAUGUCUGAUCUGGGGAGGGCUCAAAACCCUGCAGACGACGCUUGUGACUAGAUUUCUCUUCCAGGCCACACUCUCCCUCGGAGACUGACCUCUAGGACUUGAAGGAGAAAUGCCAGCUCAUUGCUUCUCUGGGGCAGCGGAAGAAUUAUUUUGGCUUAGAAGAACUUAUGCAGUGUAUAUCUAUAAGGGAAAUGGGAGUCGGGUGGAGAAAGACUGUCACUGUUGAAAUCUCCCUGUGCUGUGGCUAAUCUGUAUCUCCAGCAGGUGGGCUGUCCUCUCCCAGGGCGCUGUCUUCUUACACGUGGGAGGGGGGUGAGGUGUGUGGGGCAUCACGUGGUCAGGGAGGCCCCCCCCCCACACUGGGCCUGAGGGCUUCAACCUCCACCACAGUGGCUGCCUGGCCAUUGCUGCAGCCCCUGGCUUUGUGGCUUGGGGAAGGGCCACCCCCUGCUCUGUGCAGCCCCUCGGGCAGCCCUCAGGCUCCACCUGGAAUGGGAUCCCUCAUGCCCAGGACACUCCAGGAUCUCUGCCUUGCCUGUAAAUGAGGGGUCUUUGUUCUACUGUCUUAGAGGUUUUUCUCUCCAUUUCUUUCCAUUCCAUUUUCUCUGUUCCAGAUCCAUCAGGCAAGUCCUAAAUCACAUAUUUAAACUCUUAGGAAAACAGAACCUUAAGAUUUGUACAUAAUAUUGGGGUUCUAAUCAAUCAGUUGAAUCUUGGUUCUUAACUAAUUUGAAUUUGAAAGGGGACCACAUUUUUCAAUGUUCUUCUCUCUUCCUCCAUUCCUGCAGAGAGCUCAGUGCCCAUGCACACGUGGUUGGCUUCCUCGAGGAGGCAGGUGUGGGGCAUCUUGCCAUUUUCUAAUAUUAUUUCAAGGAACUUUUGUUCAAAUGUUGAAUGCAGAGCUUCACACUAAUAUGGAACAUUAACUGUGAACGUACUUACCUGUGCUACUCCCCCGUACCAUACAACUAAAGGGCCAGCUUUUCUAGUCUAGGAAGAUGUGGUAGAUACAAGUAGAAUUGCAUUUCCCCCAGGAAAUAAAGCAACAAGGAUUUUGAGCUAAGUAGGGACCAUGAAAUUCUGCCCUCAAAUUCUCUCCUCUGGUUAAGGAGCAGACCUAAGGUUGUGAGUGAUUGAGCUUGUCUCCUGGCUGAUUAAAAAGAAAAGAAUAAAAAGAACCCUGUCACCUCCUGAAGACCAGCCAGGGAUCUGUGGCCAUCCUUGCCUUUCCUGAGUCCAAAAGGGUGUGAGCUCCUGAGUGGCCAGCUUACUGCAGUGUUUCCCAGGGGUGAUUCCAGACUUACGACUCCUGACUGGCGCAGGAGGGGACUUACCUUGUUCCCAGGGAUGCCGAGCAAGAGGCGGCCAGGGGGGCUUGGCUUUGAGCACUGCAUUUCAUGACCCAAGCUCCUUGGUGGUGCGGUCAGUGGGAUCAGCAUCCCUCUCAGCUUAGAUCCCAGAGGCAAACUUUUCCUUUCAAGGGGUUGAGGAGAAACAUAAGACUGAGCUGGCAGUCAGUUUCCUUACUAAGGAAAUGGGCUGUAAUCCUGGGUGGUGUUUGAUUCCAUCCUGGGCUCUGGGCUGGUGGUGCUUUUUUUCCAGCAAGGGUGUCUGGGUCACUUGUAGGUUAACUCAGAAUUAGGAGGGAUUUAGAGUUGACAAUGAAAGUGAUUUGGGGGAUUCAGAAGAUUUUUUGAUGUAAAUUUAUCAGCAUGCAACCUACUCAGUGGAUUUUUACACCUCAGGGUCAUUUGCAAAUCUUUUAUCUUUUUUUAUUUCUUUUGUGUUCAAGUGGGCUGAUAGAGGAGAUGGGGCAAUUCUAAUUUGAGGUUCAUUUUCUUCCAUUUGAGAGUUAAGGAGCACACGUAACGCUGAUCUUGCUGAUAUAAGGAGGUGUAUCUUUCUAUUUAUAGUCCCGCAAGGCUUAUGAUGAGUGAGCCGCCCUCCUCUAGCACUUGCAAGCUUUCUGCCUAUGAGUGAGCCGCCCUCCUCUAGCACUUGCAAGCUUUCUGCCUACAGUGAAUUGUUGAUUGCUAGUUUUCCUUCUACUUCCUUUUUCUCUACUUGAAGGUUCAUAUUAGCAGAGUCCCUGGUCAGCCCUAAGGACUGGAGGAAGAGAUAGCAGUUCAUAGCAGAGCUUGGAGCAGUUUUUCUCCCACCAUCUUGGGCUGGGGGCCCUCUUUGCUUCUCAGACCUCUAUGCUAGGUUCAGCUCAAAUAGGCCUUCUCCAUGUAUGUUAGAGCCACUGACAUAAUCUCACUAGAAUUGUCUUAAAUAUCUUUUCAUGGGAAAUACCAGGUUGUACUUGGAUCAACAUGGAAAUACAAGUUCUAUUGAGAGUAAAGUUCUAGGUGUUUGUGUGCAAAGGUUUAUAUGGACAUAGAUCUAGCUUGUAUCAUAAAAAAGACUGGAGUUAGUACACAAUGUUUUCCAGUUUUAAUACUCACUGGGACCAUGAACAAAUUGGGGGAAUGACUGAGAAUACUGUCUUGCUUGCUUGGAAUGGGACCUUUUGACAUUUGCCCACCCCUGAUCAACAUGAAUUCACUUGGUGAUUCUUUGGAGGCCUGAUUCCUUUCCACAUUGAUUCUGGAUAGAACUGUUGAAUGUCCCUGGUGGGGCAUGGGUAUCUGCCCUUUUUGUUGGAGGCCCAGGCCCCUUGGGUAUAAACAAUAGGUGUCCCAGUUUCCCAGGCAGAUGGAAAUAGAGAACAGUAAGGCUGUGGGAUUCUUAUUCCCCAGAUCCCCAGCCUAACUUGGGAAUCAUUACUCCUGUGUGUGAAAUCUACUGUAAAGGUGGCGUGUAUCAGUCCAUUGACUUUUCUUGUUUCUGGAGUCCUUUAAAUCCACAAAUGUAUAUGCUUUAUUUUAUAUUAUUUAUUAUGUACAUAUGUCUCUACUGUUAGUACAUUGUCUGUGACUAAGAUGGGGUCUGUUUUGAAGCCCCUCAUCCAUGGGUUCUGGUGUCCCUUAAGUUGAAUGAGAGAGCAGCAAUUUGCUUUUUUUAAAAAAACAAAAAAAAGAAAAACAGGUUGCUGCUCUAUGUUGGCCCUGGCAUCCCUGGCCCCCUCCCAUUGCAUCCCUAUUAUUCCCCAUGACCAGUGUUUGAGUAUUUGGGAUGAGAAUGGAGGCAGGUCUCCCUUGUAGCAGGCCCUCUCAGGUACCUCUGUGAAAUAUUUCAGAGUGGUUUCUUGGUGCCUGGGUCUGUUCUCCUUUGUAGUAGGACAAUAUGGCUGUGAGACCAGAGCCUCCUUCCUCACUUUCCUUCCCCACCUCCACCUGCACCCUCCCAAGCCAUGUCAGUUGCCUGGCCCCAGCAGUGGUUUGGGUCUCUACUUCCCCCUUUGGAUUAUAGACUUCAUCUCUCUGGGCUGUUGGAAACUGCCUGCCCAUCUGGGCUCUUAAUAUGCCUUUUCUUGGUUUUGAAGCCUAGUGCCAACAUUGCCUUGGCAAUCAAAGACAGGAUCCUGCUUUGUGUCUGAUUUUCGUCCUCUGUAGCCUUUAUUCAAUGUAUCAUAGUGUACAUUUCAUGCUUUUCAGCAGUGAAGUUUUCUGAACACAGUAUUCUAAACUGGGUACAUAAACCUAAAUAAGCACAAAUGACAUGUAUAGGUUUCAUAAGCUGAUUGUCAUAAUGAAUGCAUUUUAUAAUUCAAUGAUGUAGAUUUAUAAUCUCUAUUUAUUUUGUAUCAAUUUAUUUGUAAAUUUUGUGAUUGUUUUAAAAGGUUUUUAUUUCUAUUCUAUUUAGAUAAAUGAUUUUUCUGUUCACUCUUCUAGCAGAUGUGUGUUCCCUCUUUCCCUUUCAUCUAUGCAACACCAGUGGUCCCGCCUUGUUGUACCCGGGGCCCCUGCCCAAUGCAUGGCUUUACUGGUGGGAAAACUGGGGUUGGUUCUCAGCAUGACAGCACAGCAGGGUAUUUCCUUGGGACAUUCAUCCCAAAGUUUUCUGCUAAAAGAGAAGUGGGUGCCUCCAGGUUACAGAAGCCAAUUCCAGGAAGAUGUUCUCCUUUCCAAGGAUUGUAGUCUGUCCCCUAUCAGUUAAUCUCUGGACACGGACACUGAGGGUAUCCAAACUGCCUCAGUUGUCUGCUCACUCUCUCAUAACACACAGUUCAGUUGGGCAAAUGGGUAAGCUUUUUUUUUUUCCUAAGAUGAGCAAGACCAAAGGCCUCCUUGCAAUCUCUCGUUCGGCUCUUUGAGAUGAGAAUGGCUUGGUGGGUCUUCCUCUGCUAUUAGGAGGG